GUGUGAGAGAGAGAGGGAGAGUGCGGGACCUGAAAGCGGGGUGUGUGUGAACUGUGGCCGCUGGCGGGGUCCGGGGGGGGGGGGGGAAGCGGUGGAGCCGCUGGUGAAGGCCAAGCCAUGACUACAGUAGCAGUACAUGUGGACUCCAAAGCUGAGCUCACUACCUUGUUGGAACAAUGGGAAAAAGAACAUGGCAGUGGGCAAGACAUGGUACCUAUCCUUACCAGGAUGUCUGAAUUAAUUGAAAAAGAAACUGAAGAAUAUCGUAAAGGAGAUCCAGACCCAUUUGAUGAUCGACAUCCUGGUCGAGCUGAUCCAGAGUGUAUGCUGGGCCACUUGCUGAGAAUACUCUUCAAGAACGAUGAUUUCAUGAAUGCACUGGUGAAUGCCUAUGUGAUGACGAGCCGAGAGCCCCCUUUAAACACUGCAGCUUGCAGGCUGCUGCUGGACAUCAUGCCAGGCCUGGAAACUGCUGUUGUUUUUCAGGAAAAGGAAGGAAUUGUUGAGAAUCUUUUCAAAUGGGCCCGAGAGGCUGAUCAACCAUUGAGGACAUAUUCUACUGGGUUGUUAGGAGGUGCUAUGGAAAAUCAAGACAUUGCUGCUAACUACAGGGAUGAAAAUUCCCAGCUGGUGGCUAUAGUGCUUCGAAGACUGAGGGAGCUCCAGCUCCAAGAAGUGGCUCUGCGGCAGGACAACAAGCGUCCUAGCCCACGGAAGCUCUUCUCUGAACCCCUUUUGCCUCUGGACGAGGAAGCUGUGGAUAUGGACUAUGGUGAUAUGGCAGUGGAUGUGGUGGAUGGAGAGCAUGAGGAAGCUUCUGGAGACAUGGAGAUCUCCUUUCACCUUGACUCAAGCCACAAGACGAGCAGUAGAGCGAACUCAGCAACCAAACCCGAGGAAGGAGCAUUGAAGAAAAAUAAGUCGGCAAAACAGGGUGACAGAGAGAGCUUUAGGAAAGCCAAACAGAAGCUGGGUUUCUCGUCUUCUGAACCAGACCGUGUGUUUGUUGAGCUGUCUAAUAGCAGCUGGUCAGAAAUGUCCCCCUGGGUGAUUGGCACCAAUUAUACCCUUUACCCUAUGACUCCUGCUAUUGAGCAGCGGCUCAUCCUCCAAUAUUUGACCCCUCUAGGAGAGUAUCAGGAGCUACUUCCCAUAUUUAUGCAGCUUGGAUCACGAGAGUUGAUGAUGUUUUAUAUUGAUCUGAAACAGACUAAUGAUGUCCUGCUUACAUUUGAGGCACUCAAGCACCUAGCGUCUCUCCUGCUGCAUAACAAAUUUGCCACAGAAUUUGUUGCGCAUGGUGGGGUACAGAAAUUACUGGAAAUUCCUCGUCCUUCUAUGGCGGCAACUGGCGUAUCCAUGUGUUUGUAUUACCUGUCCUACAACCAGGAUGCUAUGGAAAGAGUUUGCAUGCAUCCCCACAAUGUUCUCUCCGAUGUUGUGAACUAUACCCUGUGGUUGAUGGAAUGUUCUCACGCAUCGGGAUGCUGCCAUGCUACCAUGUUCUUCUCAAUUUGCUUCUCCUUCCGGGCUGUCUUGGAACUCUUUGACCGGUAUGAUGGUCUUCGUCGUCUGGUGAACUUGAUCAGUACUUUGGAAAUUCUAAAUUUGGAAGAUCAGGGUGCACUUCUAAGUGAUGAUGAAAUAUUCGCUAGCCGCCAAACUGGGAAACAUACCUGCAUGGCCUUGCGCAAGUAUUUUGAGGCUCAUCUGGCCAUUAAAUUGGAACAAGUAAAGCAAUCACUUCAGAGGACUGAGGGUGGUAUUCUUGUUCACCCUCAACCCCCAUACAAGGCUUGUUCCUACACUCAUGAACAGAUUGUGGAAAUGAUGGAGUUUUUGAUAGAAUAUGGCCCGGCACAACUCUAUUGGGAACCAGCUGAAGUCUUCCUCAAACUUUCCUGUGUACAACUCUUGUUGCAGCUUAUUUCUAUUGCCUGCAAUUGGAAGACCUAUUAUGCAAGGAAUGACACCGUGCGCUUUGCUUUGGAUGUCUUGGCUAUUCUCACUGUGGUGCCAAAAAUCCAACUCCAGUUGGCAGAGUCAGUGGAUGUGUUGGAUGAGGCUGGCUCUACCAUCUCCACUGUAGGUAUCAGCAUUAUAUUGGGAGUGGCUGAGGGUGAGUUCUUUAUCCAUGAUGCUGAAAUUCAGAAGUCAGCACUUCAAAUUAUCAUCAAUUGUGUGUGUGGCCCGGAUAACCGAAUAUCCAGUAUUGGCAAGUUUAUCUCCGGAACGCCUCGGAGAAAGCUGCCUCAGACCCCCAAGAGCAGUGAGCAUACCCUGGCCAAGAUGUGGAAUGUGGUCCAGUCCAACAACGGCAUCAAGGUGCUUCUGUCCUUACUGUCCAUCAAGAUGCCCAUCACAGAUGCAGACCAGAUCAGGGCUCUGGCCUGCAAGGCCCUGGUGGGCCUGUCUCGCAGUAGCACGGUACGGCAGAUCAUCAGCAAACUGCCCCUUUUCAGCAGCUGCCAGAUCCAGCAGUUGAUGAAGGAGCCCGUGCUGCAGGACAAACGCAGUGACCAUGUCAAAUUCUGCAAGUAUGCUGCUGAACUCAUAGAGCGGGUGUCAGGAAAGCCUCUUCUCAUUGGCACGGAUGUGUCACUGGCACGGCUACAGAAAGCAGAUGUUGUUGCCCAGUCACGGAUCUCCUUCCCCGAGAAAGAGCUGCUUCUGUUGAUAAGAAACCAUCUUAUUUCUAAAGGGCUUGGAGAGACAGCAACUGUGCUGACGAAAGAGGCUGACCUGCCCAUGACCGCGGCCUCCCAUUCUUCUGCCUUCACCCCAGUAACUGCUACUGCUUCUCCUGUCUCUCUUCCCCGAACCCCUCGCAUUGCUAAUGGCAUUGCAACUCGACUGGGUAGUCAUGCCGCCGUGGGCGCCACUGCCCCUUCCGCCCCCAUUGCCCACCCUCAGCCACGGCCCCCCCAGGGUUCACUCGCUCUGCCUGGCCCGUCUUAUGCAGGCAACUCCCCUUUGAUUGGUAGGAUCAGUUUUAUCAGAGAGAGACCGUCACCUUGCAAUGGGAGGAAAAUCCGUGUGCUGCGGCAGAAGUCGGACCAUGGUGCCUACAGCCAAAGCCCAGCCAUCAAAAAGCAGUUGGAUAGACACCUUCCUUCCCCACCUACGCUGGACAGUAUCAUCACAGAAUAUCUUAGAGAGCAACAUGCUCGCUGCAAGAACCCAGUUGCCACCUGCCCACCUUUCUCUCUUUUUACUCCUCACCAAUGUCCCGAGCCAAAACAGAGGCGGCAAGCGCCAAUAAACUUUACCUCGAGGCUAAACCGCAGGGCAUCAUUUCCAAAAUACGGAGGGGUGGAUGGUGGCUGCUUUGAUAGGCAUCUGAUCUUCAGCAGGUUUCGUCCCAUUUCAGUAUUCCGGGAAGCUAAUGAAGAUGAGAGUGGUUUCACGUGCUGCGCGUUCUCAGCACGGGAGCGGUUCCUGAUGCUGGGGACCUGCACAGGGCAGCUGAAGCUCUACAAUGUGUUCAGCGGACAGGAGGAAGCCAGCUACAACUGCCACAAUUCGGCCAUCACACACCUUGAGCCUUCCAGGGAUGGGUCCUUGCUGCUGACGUCUGCCACAUGGAGCCAGCCGUUGUCCGCACUUUGGGGAAUGAAAUCUGUAUUUGAUAUGAAGCAUUCCUUCACGGAAGAUCACUAUGUUGAGUUCAGUAAGCACUCUCAGGAUCGGGUUAUAGGCACAAAAGGAGACAUUGCCCAUAUUUAUGAUAUUCAGACUGGCAACAAGCUGUUGACUCUGUUUAACCCAGAUCUUGCCAACAACUACAAGAGGAACUGUGCCACCUUUAACCCUACAGAUGAUCUUGUGUUAAAUGAUGGCGUCCUCUGGGAUGUCCGCUCUGCACAGGCCAUCCACAAGUUUGACAAGUUCAACAUGAACAUCAGCGGUGUUUUCCAUCCGAAUGGGCUGGAGGUCAUCAUCAAUACUGAGAUUUGGGACCUUCGAACUUUCCACCUGUUACACACGGUUCCUGCUCUGGAUCAGUGUCGCGUGGUGUUCAACCACACGGGAACAGUGAUGUAUGGAGCUAUGUUGCAGGCAGAUGAUGAAGAUGACUUAAUGGAAGAGAGGAUGAAAAGCCCUUUUGGGUCAUCCUUCCGCACGUUUAACGCAACUGAUUACAAGCCUAUAGCAACCAUUGAUGUGAAGCGGAACAUCUUUGACCUGUGCACAGACACCAAAGACUGCUAUCUAGCCGUCAUCGAGAAUCAAGGCAGCAUGGAUGCUCUAAACAUGGACACGGUAUGCAGACUUUAUGAAGUAGGCAGACAGCGGCUGGCCGAGGAUGAGGACGAAGAAGAGGACCAGGAAGAGGAGGAGCAGGAGGAAGAGGACGAUGAUGAAGAUGAUGAUGACACUGAUGACCUAGAUGAACUCGACACCGACCAGCUGCUGGAGGCAGAGCUGGAGGAGGACGACAACAAUGAGAACCCCGGGGAGGACGGGGACAACGACUUCUCCCCCUCGGACGAGGAGCUGGCCAACCUGCUGGAGGAGGGCGAGGACGGGGAGGACGAGGACUCCGAUGCCGAUGAGGAGGUGGAGCUCAUCCUGGGCGACACUGACAGCUCAGAUAACUCUGAUUUGGAAGAUGACAUCAUCUUAUCUCUGAAUGAGUGAGGUGCUGUCCCCACUUGGAAGCGAUUCUUGGCAGGCGAGAAUGGAGGCAGAUGAAUUCCGAACACCUUCCCUUCCCUCUGUCCCAGGGCCGUUAAGGAACCGCACGUCCGGCAUUCAGAGGACUACGGUUUAGUCUCACCGGAGUCUGAGGUCCUUCUAAAAAUAACAACCACAAAAGACAACAGGGAUUAGGCCCUAUUCUACCCCGCCCCCUUUUCCUGGGAUGGACAUACCUUCCCUUAAGGGAAAAAAAAAAAAACAAACAAAAACCAAGCAAACAUGUCUCUGGGGUUAUUUCACAAUAUAUUUUCUUUGUAUAAUGUUCUUUACUUAAAAGAACAAAUAGUUUUUUAUAAAACUUAAAAAAAAAAAACAAAAAAAAAACAAAACCCCACAAAAAACCCAAACAAACCCCCAGGCAUUUAUAACCGAGGGUAUGAACUUAUAUCCACAGUCUCCUGUCCCUACACUUCUAGAAAAUGAAGUCUAAAGAACAAUCUAGAGGCAUUUUUACAUACGUAUUUAAAUGAAAAGGAAAAUCGUGGUUUCAUAAAUUGAUGAGGAUUAAGAAUAUUUUAUUAUAAAUAUAAUAUAUGAUUUUUUUUAAACCUAUUUUGUUGCCUCAUGCGCUGCCAGGUUCAUUUACCUCUGUGCCAGAAGCGGAGGGAAAGGUGCCGCUUGUUUGCCGAGUAAAUGCCUAAUCUCAUUCCCGCCGUGGCUUGGGCAGCGUUGGUCACUGUGGCUCUUGGUUUCGUGGGGUCGAGCGAACUUAGGAUGCAAGUUCCCUCCCUCUUACUUUCCUUUGUGACUCAGUUUUCCAACAUCUUUCCCCCCACCUCCCUUUCUCCCCAAUGUGGAAAUUACAAAUCAAAGGCCUUUUUUCUUUCAUGUAAAGUGUAUUUAUUUAAAAAAAUACAAAAUAAACAACAAGUCUGUCUUUGUU